UAUUCCAUCGGAAUAAUUUAAUUAUUUCUACAUUUUCCGCUCCCCUCCUCCGCUCCCCAUUGCGGCAUUGCCCUCCUCCCCGUCGCGGCCUCGCCCACCGCGCCUUCGAGGAGCUUCGAAUCGCGAUCGCUUCGGUCCCCACGAGCUCACAUGGUGGGUGCGCGCGCCAGAGGCUAGGGUUCCCAGUUCUCAACAUUCCCCUGCUGAUUGGAACCGCAGUGUUUCGGCGAGCCUGUGGCGGUGGUGGUGGCGGAGAUGAACGGGGAGGUGGAAUGCAGCGUGUGCCACGCGAAGGUGCCGGUGCCGCCGGCGGUGUCCAAGGCGUACGACAGCCACCGGAGCACCGUGUCGUCGCGGCAGCGCGCGCUCAACGUGCUCCUCGUCUCCGGCGACUGCGUCCUUGCUGGCCUCCAGCCUAUACUAGUGUACAUGUCAAAAGUGGAUGGGAAAUUCAAAUUUAGCCCAAUCAGCGUAAAUUUCUUGACGGAGAUUACAAAAAUUAUCUUUGCCAUCAUCAUGCUAUUCAUCCAGGCUCGACGUCUAAAGAUGGGGGACAAGCCACUUCUCACAGUGUCAACGUUUAUGCAGGCUGCUCGCAACAAUGUUCUUCUUGCAGUUCCUGCUUUUCUCUAUGCUAUCAACAACUAUUUGAAGUUCAUAAUGCAGUUAUAUUUUAAUCCUGCAAGCGUCAAGAUGCUGAGUAAUCUCAAGGUUCUGGUAAUCGCUGUGCUUCUAAAGAUAAUAAUGAAGAGGCGAUUUUCCACAAUCCAGUGGGAGGCCCUUGCCCUUUUGUUAAUUGGAAUAUCUGUUAAUCAGCUGAAAUCAUUGCCUGAAGGUUCUAGCGCACUAGGUCUUCCUGUUGCUGCUGGAGCCUACCUCUAUACAUUCUUUUUUGUAACAGUUCCUGCGCUGGCUUCAGUUUACAAUGAAAAGGCUCUUAAAAGCCAGUUUGAUACCAGUAUUUACCUUCAGAACUUAUUUCUGUAUGGUUAUGGUGCAAUAUUCAAUUUUCUUGGGCUUGUAAUCACUGCCAUCAUCCAAGGGCCCAGUAGCUUUAACAUUCUGGAAGGACAUUCAAAGGCCACAAUGUUUCUUAUCUGCAACAAUGCUGCACAGGGCAUACUGUCAUCAUUUUUCUUCAAGUAUGCAGAUACAAUUUUGAAGAAGUACUCAUCAACAAUUGCAACUAUCUUCACCGGAGUAGCCUCUGCUGUAUUAUUUGGACACACACUGACAAUAAAUUUUGUUCUUGGAAUUUCAAUAGUAAUCAUAUCUAUGCAUCAGUAUCUUUCUAACCAAAUUAAAGACGAAGUGCCUAGCAGCAAAAUUGAAAUGGCUGAAGCUCAUGAUCACAGCAGAGUAAAGGAAUCCGUUUACGUCAACGUGACUGAUUCAGUGGCAAGUGAGGCUAAACACCGCCAUGGAUCCGACGAGAGGCAGCCGCUUCUUCCUGUAUGAUUUUGCAGCAGAGCAGGCAGUCUCCUUGACGAGAGCAUCAAGCAUCUGACGUAUCUUAGUGGGUUUUUGACCUCUCUGAAGCCACAUUGCCGCCGUGUUGUUGGGCGAGUAAGAACAUGCAUAUUACGUGGCAGAAUGAUGAGCUUCAUGAAAGAGUAAUGGAUGGAUGAUGCAAUACUUUUAGCCUAGUGAUGGUGACACUAAUGUGAUAGCUUUAUACGAGGAAUAAAGUCUCGUAUUUCACCAUUUUUUCCCUCUCUUGAGAGUUGAGUGGUUCUAUCGAGUGAUUUUUUUUAUGCGGCUCCAAUGUAAAUAGCGGUUAGUUUCUUGUUAUGUGCGAGUUGCAUGAGGUGAUGUUAUGGCGUGUUUGGUACACCACCCUAGCUUUGCCUAUGUCUUUCGAAUUGCAGCGGAACGACUUGCCUGUUACAGGAUAUUUAUCGGAUACUCUGAUAGUCGGAUGCGUAUCUGAUAUUCUGAUUUACUGGCAAAAGGCAAUCGCCGCGGUUCUGGUGAUCCCA